UUGGCACUCCCAGUCCCAGUAGUCCAACUGACUUGCCCAGCGGCCUUCAACCCGCUCGGAGUCUUUGCCGGUACCGGGAAAGUCAACAGGUCAUGCAUCCUCUGAAACACUAGCCCAGCCAUUUCUUCCUUUCUUGGCAGCAAAAAGAUCCUCCAACCGAAAAGCAAAUCACUUAAAACAGAUGGGAAACAUACUUGCAUUCCCGAAGCGAUCCCCUCCUUCCCUUUUCGAGAAGCGAUCCCCUCCUGAGAACCUUUUCGACCUUCCCUUUGACGUCCAGUGUUACAGUGUAAGAUCCUCUCCGGGCUGCCAUUGAAAUCCCUCGUGCAAUUCAGUUGCGCUUCAAAGCAAGCGAGGGAAUUAAUUGACGACCCGAUAUUCAUCAGAGCCCAUCUAAAAUUGAUCAAUAGCUUAACAGACAGCCGAAGGGUGCUUAUUUUGUGGUGGGAUCCUAACUUAUGUCGUCUCAAACAGUGUUCUCUUAGCUCGUUAUUGUGUGCACCAAGUACUGAAACUGUUGACAUUAAUUAUCCACCAUUUAAAAAUCCCUUUACUGGUGUCAGAGUUGUGGGCUGCUGUAAUGGAUUAGUUUGUAUUGUCUUUGACGGAACUAAAAUAAUUUUGUGGAACCCAUCUACUUGAAAAUCAAAGAUCGUACCGGAUUUAGGCAUUAGGGUAGAGGAAGAUAAAGGUUUACCGGUUGUGACGUACUUAAUAUUUUCAUGGGGUUUUGGAUAUGACAAGAUUGAGGAUGAUUACAAAGUAGUAGCGGUGGCGUACGAGGCUGACCAAGGCGCUGCUACGGCCAUGGAUGGCGAAGUCCCUAAGGUUAAGGUUAAGGUUAAGGUCUACAGCACCAAGAAAGGAAUUUGGAAGCGUAUAGGGGAUUUUCAAGGUGGUUAUCCUCCGCUGGGGGUAGAUGGUACAUUUGUGAAUGGGAAGUUGCAUUGGUCACUGGAGGCAGAAGCUGGUGGAGAUAUUGUUUCCCUUGAUUUAACAACAGAGACGUAUGGACGGAUAGAGAAACCUGAACAGAUGAAGAAACCUGAAAUUAAAUGUGAUGAAGAUUCUGAAUCUUUGUUUGAGCCAGUCUUGGAAGUUUACCAAGAAAAGCUUUGUUUACUUUGUUCUGUGGAUAAUGGUCAUACAGAUGUUUGGAUGAUGGAGAUAUAUGGGGUUACAGAAUCGUGGAAAAUGCAGUUCGCUAUCCUGAUUAAUAAUCCUGGCGGGAUUUCUAGACCAUUGUGCCGGUCAGAGGACGGUGAAGUUUUAGUGUCAACUGGCACCAAGUCGGUACGCUACAACCCAGAUAAUGCUGCAUAUGUUGAUAUUCCAUUUCGAGAUCAAAACAUAGAAGUUUAUCAUGCCUUUCCUUAUACACAAAGCCUAGUUUUGCCUUACUCUAAGGAGGAGAAGGAUGCUAUAGAACAAAGGAGGAGGUGUAAGAAACCGAGAUGAGACAAUUGAAUACCAUCAAGCUACCAUCUUGAUUAAAAAAGAAAAAAAACGUUUAAAUGUGUUGCGGCUCUGCGCUCCCCAAGACUUUGUCUCUUGUGUUCCAAACAUGAAAUGUCUCAUGUCCAUGGAUGGAAGACUGUUGAAGACUGAUUCUAUACCUGCAGAUUGUUAGAAACAAUUAUGCUUGACCUCCUACUCCUUAUAUCAGCCUUGGUGUCGAUAGUAGUCAUUAUUUUGGCUGUCAUGCACACUUGUUGUGCAGCUUCUUUGAACUUCUCUAAAGGUUUUGGUCCUUCCAAACCUGUCUCUUGAACUUGGAAUAUUGAUCUUUGGCUUCUUAUUGUAAAACAAGAGAAUGACUCCUUAUUUUCGUGGACGAA